GCGGGGCCGCUGGUCACAGUGGGAGCUGCCGGCCGCUUGGCGACGACACGACACGAGGCGGUGGGAGGGAAGGAAGGAAGGAGGCGGACGGUCUGACGGGGCGGGUGGAGCCAGCGGGCGGAGAGCCUGCUUCAGUGGGCCGGCUACUGCUACAGCUACAGCUACUGCUGGUGGCCCGUCGGGGACCGGAUGGGAGCGAGCGGGGCGACACCAUGGCGCAGCCGGGCUCUGUGAGAGGCCGCGUGUCGGCCGAGAGGCUGCGGUCGUGGUGGGAGGUGCCGGCCAUCGCUCACUUCUGCUCCUUGUUCCGGGCCGCCUUCGCGCUGCCCGAUUUCGAGAUCGAGGAGUUAGAAGAUGCUUUGUUGAUCGAUAACUGGGAUUUUUUGGAGGACUUGGUUUCUAAACUUCUUCGAGGAUGUUACCAACGCAAAGAUAUUAACAUAGAGAAUUUCCACAUGUAUCUUGAAGACAUCAUUCGACAUCGAUGGGAACUCGAAGAGGGGAAGGAAAACCCACUUCAGGGAAUACACUUUAGGGCUCUUUCUUCCAGGAUAAUAGUUGAAAUUUUGCACAGACUCUGUGAUUACCGUUUGGAUGCCACAGAUGUAUUUGACCUUCUAAAGGGUCUUGAAGCAGAUAGCUUGAGAGUAGAGGCCCUUGGAGAAGACAACGCUGGGGCCCGAUACUGGUAUUUUUACGGCACCAGAUUAUACAAAGAGCUGCCUCCACCACCACCAAAGGAGGAACCAAAAUAUAAACCAUCAAAGAAUGAUAAUAAGAAAGGAAAGAAACUCAAGGAGGAUCAAAAUAUGAAAAAUUCCAGAGUAUUAAAUAAAAAUAUUACAGCAAAAACUCCAAAUGAAAAAUUAAAGAAAAAAUGGAAACUUCGUUAUAGUUUAUCUAAAACAAGGUUUGAGAGAGUUGAAAAGGGAAGUGGACAGCUUGAUGAAACCUCUGACGUGAAAGCUAAUGAGCAGAAGGAAAAUGAUGCCUUUGGAUGCAAUGGUGAGAACACACAUGGGCACAGCAACUUAUUGACAGCUGGAGAGCUGUAAAAUAUAUAUUAACUU